GACGUCAUCUCCGCCGACAAGAGAAGGUCUUCCUUACACUUCCGGUUUGGCUGUGGCGCGCCGGUGGAGCGCAAAUGUGAAAAAUGCGUGUAUGGUGAAUAAUAAAAAUAAUAUUUUAUACAGUUAAGGUAAGAAGGACACACACGUGCUUCACGUAUGUUGACCAUGUUAGAAUGUAUUUUCUGAAAGUACUUAUUGGAGUCUCAAAUCAAUAAUUUCCUGAUAGUUUGGGGAAUUUUCUAAAUGGUAGUGAUUUAACAGGGGAAUUUCACAAUAAAUAUAUUGCACAGACCAAAAGAGAGUUUCAGAGUAAUUUUCAUCUCUCAAUUCACAAUGCACAAUGCAUUAUUGUUGUUCUUUCUCUCUUCUUAUAGAAUUACAUUUGUAUGACAAUUGCCCUACUGUAGAAAGGCCUAUAGACUAAUCAUUUUGGAUAGUUUACCCUCAUAGUCAUAGUUUAUUUAGUCCUUAAUCCCUUGCAAAUAAAUGCAUGCUGUUCAUGACAAAACAAAAAAUGUUUUGGUCCAAAGCAAAACUGGAAUGCCAGCCCAGAGACCACUGCUUGCUGAGUUGGACUCCUCCUACUGGGUAUUAAUAGACCAUAGAAUACAGUGCAAAGAUGAGAUGACCGUGUGUGACGACAGGCCCCUCUGAAGUUCCCCCAAUCAGCACUUUCCUAACUCUCCUACACACUUUACACAGUGCUGCUAGAUUAUUGUUUGUUGACUCUUGUAGUGCAGUAAUAAACAUGUGUCUUUGAGCUGGAGGUCAAAGUCAUAACAGACACAGGUGGUUGGGGGUCCUACGAAGUGUUGGCAUGUCAAGGUCUUUCAUCCCAUGGAUCAGUCUGUUAAUGGCCCGUCAGCGUGUAUUCAUGCAUACACAAGAGCAGGCAGUAGCGUUGUCUUAAAGAGUACAUUGGCAUUUGUCACAGAAUAGGGGUGUAUGUAGUUUCUCAAGGUUACUGCGCUCGUGCAGAGCAAAUCAGGAGACUUAUAUUUAGCCUUGCAAAUGGCGCUCUAUGGAUUAUGUCUUGGGGCUCUCCGGUUUCGUCUUCAGUGCGUUUUGCUGUGUGGAGGGGGGCUAUGGACCCUGCAUAAGCUGCCAUUCAGGGAAGAGUCUAUUUAAGGAAUCCAGCAGACCCUCUCAAGUUGGCCUUUGGAGUUGUGGUUGAACUUGUAUGUGCUGCAAAGGACAACUCUUACUGCCAGAACUGUACUCUUUCAAACAAGGCAUUUAGCAUUUGGGAUUAAACAUGGAUGUACUAGCCCUAGAGGCCAAAAAUGUAGGUACAGCAGAACCUGAAAAGAAGUCUGUCCCAAGACCCAAACCGAAGGCUCCCAAAAAGGCCAAACGGAUUGUGUACUUUGAAGUUGAGAUCUUGGAUGCUAAGACCAAGGAGAAACUUCUGCUGCUGGACAAGGUGGAGCCAACUGCCACCAUUUUGGACAUCAAAGCUUUGUUUCAAAAGUCAAAUCCAAAAUGGUACCCAGCUAGGCAGUCCCUACGACUGGAUCCAAAGGGAAAGUGUCUUCGAGAUGAAGAUGUUCUGCAGACACUUCCUGUGGGAACCACUGCCAGCUUCUACUUCAGUGAUCUGGGACCUCAGGUCACAUGGGGCACUGUGUUUCUGACAGAGUGUGCAGGUCCUCUCAUCAUCUAUCUCAUGUUCUACUUCCGCCUUCCUUUCAUAUAUUCACCCAAAUAUGACUUCACCAGCAGCAAGCACUGGGUCGUACAUUUGGCCUGUAUGUGUCACUCUUUCCACUACAUCAAGCGCAUUCUGGAGACGCUCUUUGUCCACCGCAUCUCACACGGGACCAUGCCGCUCAGAAACAUAUUCAAAAACUGUGGCUAUUACUGGUGUUCUGCAGCUUGGAUGGCAUACUACAUAAACCAUCCACUCUACACUCCGCCCUACUAUGGUCAGCAACAGGUGAAUACAGCUUUUUAUAUUUUCCUGUUUUGUCAAUUGGGCAACUUUUCAAUCCAUGUCGCUCUCCGGAACCUCAAAUCACAAGGAUCAAAGGUUAAGAAAAUUCCUUACCCGACAAAGAAUCCUUUUACCUGGAUUUUUGCGCUGGUCUCAUGUCCAAACUACACCUAUGAGCUGGGCUCUUGGAUUGGCUUCACGGUGAUGACCCAAUGUGUGCCCGUGGCUUUCUUCACGGCAGUGGCGUUCAUCCAGAUGACCGUGUGGGCCAAGGGCAAACACAGGAGCUACUUAAAGGAGUUCAGAGAUUACCCCACUCUGCGCUCCUCCAUCCUGCCCUUCAUCUUGUAGAGUCAGGAACAAACAGUGGCCUAUAGACCUCUUUAUGUCGAGCAGAAAUUGACCAUAAACCACUUAGAGAUGUGCCAAAAUGGGAGCGCAGCUGUGGUUGUGGCCUUCAGUGGGAUUUUGAGCAAAGUCUUAAUUUAUGUUUUAGUGGUGCAUAAAUGUCUAUGUAUUCUAACAUGUCCUGUGAACAUGAAUAGGCCUAAUGGUAUUCAACCUUUGCAAAUAAUUUAUUUUGGCUACCUCAUGAGUCAUGUUUUUUAAUUAAUUAUCCCAUGUGACUUUAUAAUCAAUACAACAGUUCAUCAAUCUUAUUUCUUUCUGUGGGUGCCCCAACAAAUGAGGUGUGGUCCAUGUUAGUGCUUUCCUGAGGAGAUUAGUCUUGAUUAGCGGCCUUAAGGAAACCUGUCAGGAGCAGUGGGUCACUGCGGUGCAGCGACCAGGAAACCCUCUCCAGGUCUUCAGAGCCAGAAUGUUGGCCAGGAGCACCCAGCUGGAGGAUUCACAUUUGUGCAAGUUUAAGAUUUAGAUUCAUGGGGAAACUGAAACAGCUGGAAAAAACAUAACGCAGGGUGACUAUGUUAGCUCCAUAUGAACAGACAUGGGCUGAGCAUCAAACCAAUGAUGACCUUUUUCAGGUGAGACUGCCAACAGCGCUGGGUGUUUAAUUGUACAACAACAUUCAAAUCUAGACUGCAUUUUCUUCAAAAUGAGACAUUGUGCUGUUUAUAGUACCUUACUCUGUUUAAUCUGAAAAUCUCUUUGGUUCAGAGCUGUAAAAGCAGGAUCCUGAAAUGCAUUAUUGAAAUGGUGUGCAGCCUGGAGCUGACAUGUGUUGCCCUGUGUGAAUGAUGAUCAGAGUGACCUUCACUCUGUGGUCGUCAAAUUAGUCUUGGAUUUUAAAUGUAUCACCGUUUUCAGCUUCGCCUUGUUCCCAUUUGUGGAUACACUUAAUUUUAUUUGAGA